CACCACAAGUGGCGUGUAAAGACGCAUUUGCUGGAGCUUUACGCAUCGCAACAGUGGAGAGAAGGGCUCACGGGAUCACACAAGUGCAUUUAGGGAAGGACACGUCUCUUGAAAACUAUGGCGAACUCCGGUAUUCAGCUGUUGGGCUUUUUCCUGUCGUUACUUGGCAUCGUUGGACUGAUCAUCGGGACUAUUCUGCCGCAGUGGAAGAUGUCCGCGUACAUUGGGGACAACAUCAUCACCGCCGUGGCCAUGUACCAGGGACUGUGGAUGUCGUGCGCUUUCCAGAGUACCGGGCAGCUCCAGUGUAAGAUCUACGACUCCAUCCUGCAGCUCGACAGUUCACUUCAGGCCACUCGUGCCUUGAUGAUAGUGGGCAUCAUUGUGUCCGUCGCAGGUCUGGGCGUGGCCUGCAUGGGAAUGAAGUGCACCACCUGCGGAGGGAGCGAGAAGCUGCGCAAGUCCCGCGUCGCCAUGACCGGAGGCAUCAUCCUGCUAGUGGGAGGGCUGUGUGCCAUCGUAGCGUGCUCCUGGUUUGCUCAUAACGUGAUCCGGGCUUUCUAUAAUCCCUACACUCCAGUCAACACCAAGUUUGAGUUUGGCGCCGCCAUCUUCAUCGCCUGGGGCGGCUCCCUCCUCGAUGUCCUGGGCGGAGCCAUGUUGGCGGCUUCCUGUCCACGGAAGAAACUCGCGUCCAAGUACCCGUCCAUGGCCGGUACCCGCUCUGGUCCUCCGAGCAGCACUAAAGAAUAUGUCUGA